GCUUCAGCUCAGCUAGCAGCGCGAGCUAAUCCUGCUAACGGCUAACGGCUAGCGGCUAGUGGCGCUAUGAUGGCGGAGCUGGUGCAGGGACAGGCCUCGAUGAACCAGCCGGGGCUGAAGGCAGACGGCCUGGCCGAUGUUUUACAGAGGGCCCGACAGAUCGUGGGUAAAAUGGGCGGAGAAGCCAUGUCCCACCUCAACAGCUCCUCAGGAAGCGUGGAGCCCUCGCUGUACUACCCUGGCCAGAAACGACCAGGAGAGGACGGAGUGGGAAACCAGCUCGCUGCAAUGGGACAUCAGAGCAGAGUGAUCACAGAGGAUUACAAGGUCCCCGACAGGAUGGUGGGCUUCAUCAUUGGUCGAGGAGGAGAACAGAUCACCAGGAUCCAGUUGGAGUCCGGCUGCAAGAUCCAGAUCGCUGCCGGUGAGACUGACGACAGUGGAGGUCUGAUGGAGCGGCCAUGUUCUCUGACUGGAACUCCGGAGAGCAUCGAGCAGGCCAAGAGGCUGUUGGUCCAGAUCGUGGACCGCUGUAGGAAUGGUCCGGGUUUCCAUAGCGAUGGGGAGGGCGGAGCCUCUGUGCAGGAGAUGCUGAUCCCGGCGAGCAAGGUGGGGCUGGUGAUUGGCCGCGGAGGAGACACCAUCAAACAGCUGCAGGAGCGAGCAGGAGUGAAGAUGAUGAUGAUCCAGGACGGUCCGAUGCCGACGGGAGCCGACAAACCUCUUCGUAUCUCCGGUGACCCGUACAAAGUGCAGGCGGCCAGGGAGCUGGUGUUGGAGGUGAUCAGGGAGAAGGACGGAGACUUCAGGGCAGGACGUAACGACUUCAGCGCCCGACUGGGAGGAGCCAAUCUGGACGUUCCAGUUCCCAGGUUUGCUGUCGGUAUUGUGAUCGGCAGAAAUGGAGAAAUGAUCAAGAAGAUCCAGAACGAUGCAGGGGUCCGAAUCCAGUUUAAAGCAGAUGAUGGCAUCAGUCCCGAGCGCGUUGCCAUGGUGAUGGGACAACCAGACCGCUGUCAGCACGCUGUCCACCUCAUCAAUGAGCUCAUCCAGACCGCACAGGAGCGCGAUGGCUUUGGCUCGGCCCUGCGGAGCGGGAGGGUCAGAGGCCGCAGUGAUUGGACGAUGGGCUCUCCAGGUCCACUACAGGAAGUGACUUACACCAUCCCCGCUGACAAGUGUGGCCUGGUCAUCGGCAAAGGAGGGGAGACCAUUAAGAGUAUCAACCAGCAGUCUGGAGCCCACGUGGAGCUGCAGAGGAACCCUCCCCCCUCCACCGACCCUAACACCCGGGUCUUCACCAUCAGAGGCACCGCCCAGCAGAUGGACCUGGCUCGUCAGCUCAUAGACGACAAGAUUGGGGGCUCAGGGAUCAUGAGCAACGGAGGCUUUGGCUUCAGUCCCUUCACCCAGGGCCCCGCGACGCACCAGAACUGUGGCAGUGGUCAGACCUUCCUGACUGGAGUCUGGGGAAACACCUACCAGACGAGCUGGCAGAACCCUGGACAACAAGACCCUGGUCAACAGAACCAGCCUCAGAGCCUGAUGACGGACUACAACAAGGCGUGGGAGGACUACUACAAGAAACAGAGUAGGACACUCAGUCACAAUUCUUUCUUGCUCCAUGUUCCAUCCUCCUGCCAAGUUCACUGGAUAUCUGUUGAGGAGCUUGUCAUCCUACAAACACACAGACAGACACACAGACAGACCUACAGACAGACAGGUCAGUCGUCUCAGCAGAGUUCAGUGCCAGACUACACUGCAGCGUUAGCAGAAUACUACAGACAGCAGCCCUACCUGUGGAACGCCGCCCAGAUACAGGAUCACUAGAGGCUCCUCCCUCUCUCUGGUGCAGGCCUCGGACGGUCGUCGGUGGCAACCGAAAUCGGGGUUUCCUAGCAACGCUCCGCCGCUUCCUCCUUCCUUUUGUAGAGAAAAACUAAGGAUUAACUGAAAAAAAUCACAAACUCUUUUCUUUCUGUUUUUUAACAUCACAAAGUUGAUAUUUUGUCAGGCAGAUUUUUUUGGACGAGCCUCUGGUCUCUCCAGUGUAGACCUGGUUUUUCUUUUAGUUUUUUUAUCAAACUUGAACUUAAAGAUGUAUCAGUGUGGCUUUGAACAAAAAACAAAUCCAGUAUAAUCUAUAUUUUGUCUAGUUUUAUUUUCCAAUAAGAAAAACGGUAUAAGGCUUAGCAGUCUUGAGUAAGAAAAUCAGAUUUAUUAUUAUUAUUUUGUUCAUGAUGUUUUAAAGCAUGCAUCAGAUUGUGUGUUGACUCUCAGUUAUUUUUUUUUUAUUUGGGCAUAGAAAUAUUUUAAUAGCGUCGGAUGGAAAUGUAACGUUUUACAGUCGGAGACAAAACUGUUUUUUGUACUAAAUUUGUGCUCGCUGGGUCUCGUUUGUUCGCAAUCUAAUUUUACCUGUUCAGUCGCCAUCUUGGAGGUGCAACGCCGCGUUUAUUGUUUUCUGUUUGGUUUGACGAUAGUUCUUAUUCCUGUAUCUCUAGUGAUUCUUUAGUUUUUAUGAUGUGAUGAUGAAUAAAUGACGAUUUAUAUUGCGUUGCCUAAAGCCAGAUCUCUCUGUGGUCAAACACUUUGUGUCCACAGGGUCGAACGUCCCACCGACGCCGUGUUUUCCGCCGCGAUUUCAUUUCAAAAAAGCGGGAAAAAACUAUUUUCUUACAGAGUGAAACUUUAUUAUUGUUGUUGUUGUAACGUAACUCUGCAUUUCUACUUUCGUGAUUUGUUUGAAGUGUUAUGAACUGAGCAAUGAAGUUCUCGAUUCUAUCGGCGAUGCGUUCGCCGAAUGCGCCAGUUAGCUAAAGUGUGUGUGUGUGUGUGUGUGUGUGUGUGUGUGUGUGUGUGUGUGUGUGUGUGUGUGUGUGUGUGUGUGUGUGUGUGUGUGUGUGUGUGUGUGUGUGUGUGUGUGUGUGUGUGUGUGUGUGUGUGUGUGUGUGUGUGUGUGUGUGUGUGUGUGUGUGUGUGUGUGCGUGCGUGCGUGCGUGCGUGCGUGCGUGCGUGCGUGCGUGCGUGUGCGCGAGCGAGAUUAAAAGUGGCGGUUAAGUGAAAGUCUCUGAACCUUUGUACGUGUCGGUGAGAGAAUGGAAAGUUAGUUGACAGUUGGUAUUUUCCACUGAAUUGCGUGUUACUCAUUUUUUGUGGCUGAACAGUUUGUUAGCUGGAUGUGAGUGAAGUUUACCUCGCCUCGUGCUGAACUCACGUUAUAUCACAUCUACAGCUGAGUGAGAACGUUGGCGUGAACAGAACUGCGACUUAUUAUUUCUCUUAUCGAUUGAUCGGCUGAUCAGGAAAUUGAGAAGAAGUCGUUUUGAUUUUUUUUUCCCGAAACCCAGAGAUAUUCAGUUUUUACGUACAAAUACACAAGUGGAGCUCGACCAACUUAUAUUUGACAAUUUUCUCAAAACAAAGUAUUCCCCCAAAAGAAAUGGAUUAGCAAAACCGUUUACACGUCGGCCAUUUUGAUCAAAACAAUGAACAGCAAACCAUCGACACCCACUUCCUCACCGUUGAACGUUCUUUAUGUGAUUAAUAUCCAUGGAGCUGCUGCGGCUGUACGAGGGUGUGAUUUGUUGAAUAGUGCGUCGGCGUUCUCAGAUUCUGCCGACAUGUUUAAAUGUUGGUUAGCUGUACAAAGUGUGCGCUUAACGUCGCUGAAUGUUCAUUAGCUUCACGUCGCGUGAACAUGUCGUCUGAUGCUGAUCCAGCUUCGUAAACUGGUGCGUCAUUUCAGAAAUUCCCCCAAAACAUUUCGGAGCUACGUUGUAGUGGACGACAAGACGAGCUGCAGUGUGUGUGUGUGUGUGUGUGUGUGUGUGUGUGUGUGUGUGUGUGUGUGUGUGUGUGUGUGUGUGUGUGUGUGUGUGUGUGUGUGUGUGUGUGUGUGUGUGUGUGUGUGUGUGUGUGUGUGUGUGUGUGUGUGUCAGCUGACUGGUGUCCGACCACAGAGAGGUUCUGUCUGGCGUCGCAGGGGAUCUGGCCGUUGUUGAGUUGAAUAUUGAGUCCGUGGUUCUGCUUCUUGUACGUGUGACGAUGAUGAUGAUAAUAAUAACGAUGAUGAUGAUAAUAAUGAGUUCUCCUGUACAGGGGGUCUAUUUAAAUCUGUUAAUCCAGUUAUGAAUAUUGAGUUUGUCGAUAAGAUAAUAUGCUUUGUGUAAAUUUCCACUCUGGCGGGUGCUCCACAGUACAAACUGUACUUUGUUGAUAUUGUUUAAUUCACAUGUUUCUAACCGAUCUGCAACGAGAAGCUGAGUGUUCAUGUUCUCAAGACUGCUAGGCUCACUGGCCCGUCACCGCCUGGCGUCCCGGGACGGUCCACACGUCGCAUCGGACCAGGACCUGAUUACUGUCGCAGGCGUGUUGGACCGUCCCGGGGGACGAGCCGCAGUGACGGGUUCACAUCCCCGAGUCAUUCAAGACUUUCCGGGACUGGACGGUCGCCUGGUUCCACGCCUGGUCCCACGCCUGGUUCCAGACCUGGUCCCACGCCUGGUUCCAGACCUGGUCCCACGCCUGGUUCCAGACCUGGUUCCAGACCUGGUUCCAGACCUGGUUCCAGACCUGGUCCCACGCCUGGUUCCACGCCUGGUUCCAGACCUGGUCCCUGCCCGUCCAGUUCCGUGUAGAUCUUGUAGCCCCGCCCCUCGGCAUGAAGGGGGCGGGGCCCGGGAGCUUUUUGGUUUCAUGGUUUCUGUUGUUUUUCUAACGGACCGACGUCCGAACUGUAACCUGCAGAUUUUUCUAUUAGAUUCUAUGACAGAUAGUCAAGUGUGAACCCGAGGCCACGAGACUGUCGCUGGCUGAGGAAGAGGAGGAGGAGGAUGAUGAGGAUGAUGAUUAACACGAGGGCUAAUAAACAGGCUCCUUCUUUCUGA